AUGUGCUCAUUUGUACAAUAUUGUGCAACUGUUUUUUCAUCUAAGCAGUUAUAUACCCGCCUUUCGGAACUGCUUGGGCUCCAUGAUAAUCUACUACUACUAAAUGUUAUUGUGGGAAAGAUGAUUACUAACCUUAAAUGCUACACAAAGUGCAAAGAGGUUAUUGAUCAUACCUUAAAUCUCUUUCUGGAAAUGACUUCUGGUUACAUGUCAGGAAAGCUGCUUCUUAAACUGGAUACUGUUAAACUCAUGAUUUCGAACAAGAAUGUGAGCUCAGUUAUAUACCCGCCUUUCGAACUGCUUGGGCUCCAUGAUAAUCUACUACUACUAAAUGUUAUUGUGGGAAAGAUGAUUACUAACCUUAAAUGCUACACAAAGUGCAAAGAGGUUAUUGAUCAUACCUUAAAUCUCUUUCUGGAAAUGACUUCUGGCAGCUUAUAUACCCGCCUUUCGAACUCGCUUGGGCUCCAUGAUAAUCUACUACUACUAAAUGUUAUUGUGGGAAAGAUGAUUACUAACCUUAAAUGCUACACAAAGUGCAAAGAGGUUAUUGAUCAUACCUUAAAUCUCUUUCUGGAAAUGACUUCUGGGUUAGUUUUGUUCUGUCUCAACCUUGAAGUCUUCAUUAUACAGCUUAUAUACCCGCCUUUCGAACUGCUUGGGCUCCAUGAUAAUCUACUACUACUAAAUGUUAUUGUGGGAAAGAUGAUUACUAACCUUAAAUGCUACACAAAGUGCAAAGAGGUUAUUGAUCAUACCUUAAAUCUCUUUCUGGAAAUGACUUCUGGUUACAUGUCAGGAAAGCUGCUUCUUAAACUGGAUACUGUUAAACUCAUGAUUUCGAACAAGAAUCAGUUAUAUACCCGCCUUUCGGAACUGCUUGGGCUCCAUGAUAAUCUACUACUACUAAAUGUUAUUGUGGGAAAGAUGAUUACUAACCUUAAAUGCUACACAAAGUGCAAAGAGGUUAUUGAUCAUACCUUAAAUCUCUUUCUGGAAAUGACUUCUGGUUACAUGUCAGGAAAGCUGCUUCUUAAACUGGAUACUGUUAAACUCAUGAUUUCGAACAAGAAUCAGUUAUAUACCCGCCUUUCGGAACUGCUUGGGCUCCAUGAUAAUCUACUACUACUAAAUGUUAUUGUGGGAAAGAUGAUUACUAACCUUAAAUGCUACACAAAGUGCAAAGAGGUUAUUGAUCAUACCUUAAAUCUCUUUCUGGAAAUGACUUCUGGAUUGGAAUCGACACCUGAUGCAUUGUUCCAAUCAGAUGCUGUAAAAUAUGCAUUCAUUGGGUUGAUGCGGGACCUUCGAGGAAUAGCAAUGGCUACUAAUAGCCGUAGAACAUAUGGGUUCCUUUUUUAUUGGCUUUAUCCUGCCCACAUGCCUCUUCUUCUGAAAGGCAUUACACAUUAUGCUGAUAUUCCAGAGAGCUAA